UUCAACACGUGAGUUAGUUUUAUAAUUAUACCUUGACCACUUGUCUUGGAUACCUGGGUUUCCAUUAGAUCGAUAAUGCAACAAUUUAGCUGGCAAAAAAAAAAAAGAUGUGUCUAUGACUGAUGUUUAUGGGAAGGAAAAUCAUAAUAUUUAUUGCAGCGAAAAAAUAAAGGGUUGUUUGAGUCAAAUCAACAAAAAUUUAUAUUUCGGAUCUUCCUUUUUCUUCUCUUCCACACACAAAAAAAGAGGAUGAGCACAAAUAAUAAUAAUACGAAUAGCAGUAACGCGACUAGCGUAUUUAUCGACCACGUCAAACAAGUGCUGACAACACUACCACCACUGACCAAGUUUGCACUGGUUGUCCCCACUGCACUUUAUCUUGUGGAUCUCUUUGUCUCGUCAUUCUUUAGCUUUUUAUACUGGACCUAUCUGGAUGCGCAUCUCGUCAUUGACCGAUGGCAAAUUCAAAGACUUGUGUUGUACCCCAUUUCCUCAAAAUCACUCCUUGAGAUGAUCAUUACAACCUUUUGGUUGUUACCCGAGAUAUUCAAGGCUGAGAAGAAGCUAGGCACCCUUCGACUAGGAUGGGUACUCUUGACUUUAUUUACAAUUGUACCAGCACUUGUCUAUAUAGCCAUUAUCCAAGUGUUGACGACAUAUACCCCACAAUCCGAAUUCAACGGUACUGCAGGAUACUUUGGUAUGGCAGGAUGGGUCGUGGGCCUAGUUGUUGUAAAUUACCUGAAGGAAGAAGGUGAAUCGGAUAGAAUGAUUGCUGGAUCGAUUCGUAUUCCUAACAAGGCUUGGCCAGUGAUUGUAUUGAUCUUUUUUGUGUUUUUAGCACCUGGUUUAUCUUUUAUUUUGAAUUUCACCUCGGCGUUAAUUGCCUUUGUUUUCGUGGAUGAAAAGUAUUCAAAGUAUGUUGUUCCGUCUGACGAGACAAUGACGCGUUAUGAAGGAAAAGCAUGGUUGAGCUUCUUGACAAGAUCACCCAACUUUGUGUCGGUGGAUUCAAGUGGCGUUUACUUGCCAAUCUUUAGCGCACCCUCUGUAGUAAAUACGCCAAGCCCAAACCAAAGAUCGAGUUCCGCUUCUCCCAGCUUCCCUGGUACAGGUGUUCGUCUGGGUUCUUGAACAUUUAUAUUAAUUGCAUUAAUAAAUGAAGCACCAUUCUUUCAGUUGAAUAUAGAAUUGCUUUUUUAUUUAUUUUGAACCAAGAAGCCUCCUAUACAAGGUGUUCGCAUUGUUGGUAAGACUGGAUGUGGCUGCAUUAGCCUACAUGAUACAUUUGUGAUUUAAACUACAUACACGGGUUACAAUUUAACAGGUGCUGCUGCCAUAUGAAAUUUAUCUACAUAUUUGAGUAACCCAGAAAAGACAAACGUCUUAUCAAAGGACAUGCCAACAUAACUGCUGUCCAGCAGGAACUAUCUCAAACUUCCCAAGAAAGUGAGAUCAAGGUUUCAACCUGCUUAUUCCAGAAAGUUAGAAAGCUU